CUUUCGUUCACUGUAGAAACGGGAAAUAUCUGGAGUCGUAGUAGUAGCAAGUCCGUACUAGCAGGAACUGUGUAGGUCUUAUCACAGAAAUAUUACCACAAACCUCUGGGAGAGAAGCAGUGAAAGGUGUUCACUCCUUGGACAGAGUAUAUACUGAUGCAAGAUGUAAAACUGCACACAAUUAACACAUUCCAUUUUUAUUGAACCAAUUGGAAAUAUGGCUGAGCAAGUGUCAAAUAAAACAACACAGAAUACCAGUAUAGAAUAUGAAUCUGACACCGCAGUUAAUAUGCACAAGCUUAACCUCAAAACUAAAGGGGAACUGAACCAUAAUGAAGGUAGUUGCAGUAAAGGAGAAUUUUUGUCUUCCACCAAAGAAGCUGAUUUUACUCUGCCAGGAACUGAUACUCUGCCAACAUUAGAUACUAUGUCAGGAACUGAUACUCUGCCAACAUUAGAUACUAUGCCAGGAACUGAUACUCUGCCAACAUUAGAUACUAUGCCAGGAACUGAUACUCUGCCAACAUUAGAUACUAUGCCAGGAACUGAUACUCUGCCAACAUUAGAUACUAUGCCAGGAACUGAUACUCUGCCAACAUUAGAUACUAUGCCAGGAACUGAUACUCUGCCAACAUUAGAUACUAUGCCAGGAACUGAUACUCUGCCAACAUUAGAUACUAUGCCAGGAACUGAUACUCUGCCAACAUUAGAUACUAUGCCAGGAACUGAUACUCUGCCAACAUUAGAUACUAUGCCAGGAACUGAUACUCUGCCAACAUUAGAUACUAUGCCAGGAACUGAUACUCUGCCAACAUUAGAUACUAUGCCAGGAACUGAUACUCUGCCAACAUUAGAUACUAUGCCAGGAACUGAUACUCUGCCAACAUUAGAUACUAUGCCAGGAACUGAUACUCUGCCAACAUUAGAUACUAUGCCAGGAACUGAUACUCUGCCAACAUUAGAUACUAUGCCAGGAACUGAUACUCUGCCAACAUUAGAUACUAUGCCAGGAACUGAUACUCUGCCAACAUUAGAUACUAUGCCAGGAACUGAUACUCUGCCAACAUUAGAUACUAUGCCAGGAACUGAUACUCUGCCAACAUUAGAUACUAUGCCAGGAACUGAUACUCUGCCAACAUUAGAUACUAUGCCAGGAACUGAUACUCUGCCAACAUUAGAUACUAUGCCAGGAACUGAUACUCUGCCAACAUUAGAUACUAUGUCAACAGCUAAUAUCACAUUGUCAAGUGACAUGUCUUCAGUUGACAUAAUGACAACUGCUGACUUUGACAUUGUUCCAUUUACUGAGAUUAUGUCAGACGAUGAUAUUUUAUCCAAUACUGAAUGCAAAUCAGCAGAUGAUGCCAUGUCUACAGCUGACAAUGUGCUGACAGGUGUCACUGCAACAACUGAUAAAUUGCCUUCUGACAUUGCAGGAGUAACCAAAACCUCACCAGCAAGUGCCAAAAUGUCUACAUCUGACACUGAACCAACAAAACUAAGAUCAGCUCCUGACAUGUUUACAGCUUACUUCAAACCAACAACUGGUGUGGCACCAGCUACCAAGAAAGGGUAUAAGUGUGGCCAUUGUAACCAAGUGUUUGUGUGGAAGGGGGACUGUGUGGCGCAUGAAAUGAUUCAUAGUGGUGAGAAAACCUUUAUUCUGCAACAGAAGACAAAACCCUCUUUGACCACAGAGCUUGGCAAUGAACAGGGUGCUUCAUAUUUGAGAGAUAAACGGAUUAAAAACAAACCUUUUCAGUGUAAUUUCUGUAGCAGAUUGUUUAAAUGGAGCGGAGAUCGCACUGCACAUGAAGCGCUAGUUCAUCUGGAGGAGAAUACAGUGAUGGUUAAUGUAGAUACAGGACGUCUUAGUAACAGCCGUGCCACACGUCGAGGUAACAGGAGGCACAGACAAAACGUCUGCCUUGAUGUCGAGAAUCUCCAUUCAGAACAAAGCCCAUUUAAGUGUCAAAUCUGUGAAAUGGAUUUUAAAACUAGAGCUGGUUUUAGAGACCAUAAAUUGAUUCACUCAGGAACGAGACCCUAUAAAUGUCAGACUUGCCCCAAAGCCUUCUUCAAGAAGAUUCACCUCCAAAUGCACAAGAUGCGACAUAGAGACGAUAAGCCUUUCAAAUGUUCAUUUUGCCAAAAAGGAUUUGUCAUUCGAUAUGAACUUGACCAGCAUGAACGGGUCCACACCGGAGAGAAGCCAUUUCAGUGUUCACACUGUCCCAGGAGGUUCAGACACAAACAGGUCUUAAAAAAACAUGAAAUGAGGCAUGUUGGGGACCUGCCAUUUAAGUGUGAUGUGUGCUUUAAAGCAUUCCCCAGUACAUAUGACCGCAGGGUCCAUGCCAAGAUUCACACAGGGGAGAGGCAAUUCCAAUGUAGUCAAUGUAGCAUGGCCUUUGAUACCAAUGGCAAGCUGGAAAACCACAAACAGAGGCACACUAAUGAAAGAUUGUAUGGCUGCAGUGUUUGUGACAAAUAUUUUAAUACUAAAAGUGAUCUUAGCGGUCACAUGGUGUAUCACACUGGGGAGAAGAAACACAAAUGCCAGUAUUGUGAUAAGUGUUUUUUAACUGUGUCCGAUGUCAAGCGACAUGAAGACACUCAUCUGAAACCUUAUAAAUGCCAGUUUUGUAAUAAAGAAUUUGCAAAUAAAGCCAUAUGGACAACUCAUGAAAACAUUCACAAAGGAAUCUUCAGUGAUGACAUGAAAUGUAGAUAUUGUGAUAAAGUGUUUGCAACCAAAGCUUGGCUGGCAAGUCAUGAAAGAGCCCAUGCUGACAUUAGAGAGUUUGAUUGCUCCUUGUGCUCCAAAGCAUUUGGCACCAAGUUCAGCCUUAAAAUUCACAUGAGGAGCCAUAAUGGUGAGACCCCGUACAAGUGUAAGCACUGUCCCAAGAGGUUUGCCUACAGGCAGGUGUGUUUGAACCAUGAAAUGAGUCACACUGGCGAGGAGCCUGCCAAACCCCACUCCUGUCAGCACUGUGGGAAGGCAUUCAGGAGGAAGGCACACUGCCGUGAUCACGAGAGGAUCCACACGGGAGAAAAAUUGUUCAAGUGUUCUUUCUGUGGUAAGGCAUUCACACAUGAGCAAGGACGUAAUGUCCAUGAGAAGAUUCAUACUGACCAGAGACCUUUUCAGUGUCAGUUUUGUGACAAGAGAUUUAUAACCGGUAAAGAUCGUAAUAGCCACCAACAAGUACACACUAGAGAAAACGUGUUUAAUUGCCCAUAUUGUACGCAAACAUUUGGUUGGAAACACAGCAUAAAAAAGCAUGUUAGAAGUAAGCAUCCAGAAAAAAUUGGCCAAGAAUCAGAUUAA